CUGCUCCACGUCCGUCCCUGCCCGGGCGGGGCAGGACGGGGGGUCCCCGCCGCCGCCGCCAGCGGGCCCCUUGCCGGUGGCGGCGCUCCCGGGCCAGGCCGUGCAGCGCGCCAUGAACGCGGGCGGCGGGAGGGCGCCGGGCUUCCCCGGCCCCGUGCCGUUUCCAGGAGGCACCACUGUCCUAGUGGAGCUCACCCCGGAUACUCACAUUUGUGGCAUUUGCAAGCAGCAGUUCAAUAACCUAGAUGCCUUCGUUGCUCACAAGCAAAGCGGCUGCCAGCUGAUCAGUGCAAAUGGAACCACUAGUACAGUCCAGUUUGUCUCAGAAGAAACUGUGCCAUCAACACAGACUCAAACCACAACCAGAACAAUCACUUCAGAGACUCAGACCAUCACAGUUUCUGCUCCAGAGUUUGUUUUUGAGCAUGGCUACCAAACAUAUCUGCCCAAUGAGAGCCGUGAACCUCAGAUCGCCGCUGUUGUCUCUCCAUCAUCAAAAACGCGUUCCAGAAAAUCCACUACUGCAGUUGUCCAAAAGAAAUUGAACUGCUGCUAUCCAGGUUGCCAAUUCAAGACAUCAUACGGUAUGAAAGACGUGGAACGUCAUUUAAGAACACACACAGGAGAUAAGCCCCAUAAAUGUGAGGUGUGUAGCAAGUGCUUCAGUCGCAAAGAUAAGCUGAAGAUGCACAUGCGCUCCCAUACUGGGGUGAAACCUUACAAGUGUAAACACUGUGACUAUGCAGCUGCCGACAACAGCAGUCUCAACAAGCACCAGCGCAUCCACUCAAAUGAGCGUCCUUUUAAAUGCCAGAUCUGUCCUUAUGCAAGCCGCAACUCUAGCCAGCUUACUGUGCAUCUCAGAUCCCAUACUGGAGAUGCUCCGUUUCAAUGUCGGAUGUGUAGUGCUAAAUUUAAAAUCAACUCAGACUUGAAGAGGCACAUGCGUGUGCACUCUGGAGAGAAGCCUUACAAGUGUGAGUUCUGUGACGUCCGCUGUGCCAUGAAAGGGAACCUGAAAUCACACAUCCGCAUCAAGCACAGCAUGGAGAACACACUCAAGUGUCCGGAGUGCGAGUUCCAGUGCGGAAACAAAACAACCCUUCGGCAUCACUUAAGAACCCAUCAGCCUGAGCAGCCAGUGAAGUGCUCAAAAUGUAACUACUCUUGCUCUAACAAGGCGGCUCUCAAGGUGCACGAGAGAAUUCACUGCGAGGAUCGCCCUUUCAAAUGUGACUUCUGCAGCUUUGAUACCAAGCAGCGGAGCAAUCUGACCACGCACGUGAAGAAAGCCCAUGCAGACAAAGUCAAGAUCAAAAAGCAAACCUCUGAGAAGAAAGAGGGAGAUAAGUCAAAGCAGGGCAGCUCCAGGCAAAUAGCCAAAUUGGAUGCCAAGAAAGCAUUUAAGUGUAGCCUGUGUGAGGCUUCCUUUGUCCGAGAAGAUUCUCUUAGGAGCCAUAAGAAGCAGCACAGAGAGUAUAAUGGGACCAAAAGUACUGAACUGGCUGUUUUGCAGUUGCACAUGGACCCAAGUAGGCAGACCAGUGCCCCGAUUACAGUGAGUCACCUUCAAGUUCCAAUUCAAGCCACUCAGGUUUCUCCUUACAGUGAAGAAAGGGUCAAGAUCAUUGCUGGCCAUCAAGUGCCUCAAGUUAAUAGAACAGUUCAGGCUGCUUCAGUGAAUGUUAUGCCUCCCACAUUAGUUGGCCAGAAUCAGGAAGACCUAUCUGCGAGUAGCCAGUUGCAAAUACUGCGCCAAGUCAGUCUGCUGGCACCGCCUCAUCCCCCUGUUUCUCAAAGCGAAGCUGUGUCAGUGGGGCAGCCGGCAGUUCUUCUCACUGCCCAGGACCAAAGUGACAGCAGUGCUCUCCGCCAGACGUUGAUUCCUGCUGCUUCAGUCAGUAGUCACAGGGCUUCAGCAAGCCAGACUUUCAUCAAUGAUUCUGGAAUCAGCUGCUCUGACUUGGAAGGGCUCAAUGCUUUGAUUCAAGAAGGGGCAACAGACGUGGCUGUGGUUAGUGAUGGAGGUCAGAGUAUCUCUGUGUCCACUUCAGCUCCCCCUCCUCCCAUCUUUUCCUCAUCCUCUCAUACACAAGCACCUAAGCAGACCUACUCCAUCAUUCAAAGUGGAGCCCAUACAGCUUUGCUGUGUCCUGCAGACUCCAUACCAGAUUAGUUAAAAAACUAGUGCAAAUUCCGCCCUGGAUUGCCUUGUGAAACCUUGAAGUCAGUGGGAUUUUCAUGACACUUAAGUGAGGGCCAGAUUUUCAGGUGUCCUAAGAUUGGCCUCUAACAUUCCAUUUGCACCACUUUGCAUGUAUGUUGCAUUCUCACAUAUACAUGCAGUGACUUGCACCUGCACACGAGUCUGUGCACGGUAACAUGCAUUGGAAACUAGAUGCUACAGUCUUUGAAAAAUGUGAUCCUGAAUAUCAAAGCAACUGUUUAAAAUUUAAUGUUUGAAAAAAACUUCCCAGAGCAGGAUUUACUUUGUGCAGCAAAUGUCUUAUUUAAACAAAAUAGUUUUUGUUUUUCUUUUUUUUUAAUCAAAUGCAAAGAACAUCGCGCCUUAAGAUACCAUCAUGACAAAUUCCAAUCCCCUUUGAAAAGUCUGAGGGCAGGUCUACACUAUGGGGGAAAGUCAAUCUAAGCCACACAAUUUGAGUUACGUUAGUAGCGUAAUUCAGGUCAACGUAGCUUAGAUGUACACUUACCGUGGGGUCCAUACUAUGCUUUGUCAAUGGGAGUCGCUCUCCCAUUGAUUCCCCCUAGUCUUCUCCAUCCAGUGGAAUACUGGAGUCGACAGGAGAGCGAUCUGUGGUCUAUUUAGCGAGUCUAUUAUUUAGAUGAUAAAAAAUUAACAGUAUAUUAAACAACAUUAAGAAUUAAGGCCCCAGUCCUUCAAACACGCAUCUGCUUAACUUCACUUGAAUAGCCCCACUGAAGUGUUUGCAGGAUUGGGGUCUAAAUUUGUAAAUGUUGAUUUUUUUUUUCCCAUUUAGAUUCAGAACCAGACUCAUCAGGAUGAAUUGGAGCCAGAUUUUCAAAAGUGCUCAGCACACAGCAGCUCCUAAUGUGACAGUUAUCACCAGACUUUUCCAAAAUGCUCAGAGCCCUUCUGGCUGAGUUUUUUUGGGGAAAAAAAUCUGGGCAUUGAUUUCAGUGCAUAAAUGGGAGCUGAGAUCUUUUCAGUGUCUGGCCCCUAGAAGCUAAAUGGAGCAUUGACAAAGAGCCUGAGGUCUGAUCUGGUGUCCAUUGAAGUUGAUGGAAAGAACUCCAUUCACUUCUGUAGGAAUUGGAUCAGAUCCUUGGAUGCUGGUCCUGGCUGAUUAUUAGUCCCCAAGAAAUGCCCUACACCACAAAAAUGAUUUUGGGAUUCUGUCUAGAGAUUUGUAGUAAUUGCUAAUUAUACGAAAAGUCUAUUGAAGUUGAUAGGGUUUGGGGGCACUUAGCACCUUGCUUGAGACACUCAUGCAGAAUCAGACCCCAAAUUACUUCUCUUAAAAUAAUAGAAUGCUGUCUGUGUGUUGGUGAUACUUUGUGUCAUAACAGAUCUUUUAUGCAAAUCAUGUAUACAGCACAAUGCUCUGUAUCAGAAGGGUCCUUUUAAAAAAAAAAAAAUACAAUAUAUUUUUCCAAAUACA